ACAAAAAACCAAGAUCCUCCAUUCCUCACUUACUCUGCAACCUUUCUUCAUCUUCUCGAAUUUUUCCUCACUCGAAAUCACGAAGAACAAAUCAAAUCCAAAAAUAAAAAUUAAAAAUGCAGUCUUUAACCCUACUUACAUCAUCAAACAUCCCCGCCUCAAAAUCCAGCUUCAGACGCACAAUUAACGCUCACAGAAACACCCAAUUCCUCUCUCCCACAUUCUCAAAUCAAACCCUAGGGUUUGCCCCCAUUCGCCAGAUCCCUAAAUCAAAAUCCGAUUUCGGUGCGCACCCAUUCCGAUUAACCCCCAAAUCACCAUGCCCGAACAAAAUCAGAGCAUCAUCCGAAGAAGAAAUCCCAUCGGAAUCCAUCCCAGACGGCGCCGCCGAAAAAAUCGAAACCGAAACCCUAACCCUAAAGCCAAACAAGAAUCUCAAACUAGCCGUUGUGUUCGGCCUCUGGUAUUUCCAAAACAUCGUCUUCAACAUCUACAACAAGAAAGCACUCAACAUUUUCCCAUACCCAUGGUUCCUCGCAACUUUCCAGCUCUUCGUCGGAUCCGUUUGGAUGCUCGCCCUCUGGACACUGAAAAUCCAACCCUGUCCUAAAAUCGACAAAUCCUUCGUCGUCGCGCUCCUCGGCCCGGCCCUCUUCCACACCGUCGGUCACAUCUCGGCCUGCGUCUCGUUCUCGAAGGUGGCCGUUUCGUUCACACACGUCAUCAAAUCCGCCGAGCCCGUCUUCUCGGUCGUGUUCUCGUCUUUCCUCGGCGAUUCGUAUCCUCUGAGCGUGUGGCUCUCGAUCGUCCCGAUCGUGUUCGGUUGCUCGUUAGCCGCAGUGACCGAAGUCUCGUUCAAUUUCGGCGGCUUGUGGUGCGCUAUGAUUAGCAAUGUCGGUUUCGUGCUUAGGAAUAUUUACUCGAAAAAGAGCUUGCAGAGCUUCAAGCAAGUGAACGGGUUGAAUUUGUACGGUUGGAUUAGUAUAAUAUCUCUGUGUUAUUUAUUCCCCGUCGCGGUAGUUGUCGAGGGUUCGCAAUGGGUAUCGGGUUAUCAUAAGGCGAUUGCUACAAUCGGAAAGCCUUCGACUUUUUAUCUGUGGGUGAUGCUUUCCGGGAUAUUUUACCAUCUCUAUAAUCAAUCGUCGUACGAAGCUUUGGACGAUAUUACCCCCCUCUCGUUUUCGGUGGGGAAUACGAUGAAGAGGGUGGUGGUUAUUAUUGCUACGGUUUUGGUUUUCAGGAAUCCGGUUAGGCCGUUGAAUGGGCUCGGAUCUGCUAUAGCGAUUUUCGGGACUUUCUUGUAUUCGCAAGCGACUGCGAAGAAGCCGAAGAUUGUUGAAGGGGGUGAGAAGAAGAAUUAGAAGGGGGUGGGGUUUUUUAUAAGUUUUGAAGUUGUUUUUAUUCGUCGAAAUUAUUUCGAGACAUUUAGGUGUUUUUCGUUUUUUUAUUUUAUUUUCUAUUAUGAGCAGAGAGUUUUGAAUGUUGUUUUAUGGUGUUCUUUCGCUAGACAUUGCCCAGUUUUAAUGCUGAUUUUUUGUCAUAUGCUUCCGUCGAUUUUACGUUUGCUUGAUUUGUGUU